AACAACUCCAUCGUCGCAAGCGGCCAAUGUUCUAGAAACUGAUGCUCGAUGCAAUACAAAACAGCGAACAAGCUUUAGCGGCCUUCUAGUAGCGCGUUACUACUGGACACAGAAGUACCUAAUGCACGAUUUUACGGUACAACCGUCCAACCCCUCGACUGACGACAGAUUAGAGAACUGACGGGCUGGACCACUAUCUGCAUCCCCAGCACCAUGGAACCGACAGCAGCAAAGAUCUACGAUCAUUAUUGCGCCAUAGAAGGUUGUCGUCAUAUCAUCCUUUUCCAGAUGCUCUGCUCUCUUUCACAUCCAUUUCCUUUUCCUUACUUCUAUCACGCAAUGAUUGAGUGAGCGUGCACUAUUGUUCACAAUGAUUUCUUCACCUUCGUUAUGUCCGUUGUUUCCAUCUACUAUCCAUAUUUGCCAGUUGAGUCCUGGGAGUAGAGAUGAAAGACCCGAACGACAUGAGACCAACGACAACAAUCGCCGUCGAUUUUACGGCAAUAUCAACAUGCAAUUGAACAGCUCCAGGCUACCUUUGAACCCGGAUCAUAUCGCAACACAAAUGCGAGAGCAAUCAAGCUCGGAUGAGGAAUUAACACCAGCUCCUCCACAGCCGCUACGUCGAACAGCACGAGUUGUUCGACGUCCUCUCUCAAUGACACGCUCAUCAACACCACCACCGACAGGAACCCUACCUUCUCGGCGCGCCUUCUACAGACGCGGCGCAACAGCCACAACACCACUUGAACCAGACGACACGCGGCGCCACGGCAUGAUCCUCGAGGACACCGAGGACCGAGUCACUACGCACCCUGACACAUUACCCUCCUAUAGCCCCGUUCCAUACACCCCCUUCCGCCGGGUGACCGACGACGGCACGCUUUCGGAACCCCUCGACGCCAGAACUGUCCGCAACCGACAGUCACGCCAGCGCGAGCUCCGUGAACUCCAACGCCAAUGGAACGUACGCCGCCGCACGCACCCAACUUGCGAAACAGAGCGCACACAAUUCCGUGCCCUGGUUUCCGAAGCAUACGACCUCCCCCCGCCGUAUGCUCCACGCGAUCCGUACCCGCUGUUCAAGACCAAGGAAAGGAAGCCCAGUAUCUGGUCGCGCGUAGUGCUGUACCCGUUUGUGCCCGAGGGCGAGCUGCUGAAUAAAGCGGCAUUCGCGACGGAUCGGAUGGCGGCCAAAGUUGCUUUUGGGGUGAAGCAGGGCGUGGAGGAGGUGGGCAAGAAAGCGAUGGCUGUGCCGAGGCGGAUUGAGAGUAAGAGGGCAGAGAGGAAGAUUAAGUGGCUUGAAAAUAGGGGAUAUGUUGACACCAAUCGAGAGAGGGAGGACUACCAUCAAUGCAGCGCAUACGCUGGUGCGUAUCACGUUACGUAG